AUGGGUUUGAAGGAUGUUGUUGAGCUUCUUCUUGAUAGGGAAGCUGAAGUUGAUCCUAAAGAUCGUUGGGGAAGCACUAAUGUUGAUGUAAUUAAGAUUCUUGAGAUGCAUGGAGCUAAACAUCCGAUGGCUCCAACUAUGUGUUCAGUUCGUUUUACUGAACCUUAUUGUAUUCAGGGAACUUACUGUAUGGCAAUGUGGCGUGGCAUUCAGCUUGCGGUGAAAAAGCUUGAGGAUAAAGUUUUAAGCGAUGAUGAUCAAGUGAGGAAGUUCCAUGACGAGCUUGCUUUGCUCCAAAGGCUUAGGCAUCCAAACAUUGUUCAGUUUCUUGGUGCUGUAACUCAAAGCAAUCCAAUGAUGAUUGUUACUGAAUACUUGGCUAGGGGGGAUUUGCGUGAAUUUCUCAAAAGGAAAGGACAACUAAAACCAGCUACUGCUGUUAGAUACGCCCUUGACAUCGCAAGGGGAAUGAGCUACCUUCAUGAGAUCAAAGGAGACCCUAUUAUCCACCGAUGGAGCUUUGGCCAAGGGAAGAUAAGAAUGAACAAAAGAACCAGCUUGGCUCAGAAGGAAGAUGUGAUCAGGAGAACUGUCUAUGUCUCCGAGAUUGAUCAACAGGUAAGCUUUCGAUACCAUUUAUCUCCUAAAACUGCGUCUCUUAACUUGUCUCCUUUGCAGGUUACCGAGGAGAACCUCGCAGGUGUAUUUGCUAAUUGUGGACAGGUUGUUGAUUGUCGUGUAUGCGGUGACCCAAAUUCUCUCCUUUGUUUCGCUUUCGUUGAGUUCACCAGUGAAGAGGGAGCUAGGGCUGCUUUGAGCAUGUCAGGCACAGUGCUUGGUUUUUACCCUCUUAAGUCUGAGAUUGAGCGUGAGAUGUGCAUGAGGACUGUUUGCUGUACUAACAUUGACAAGCGGAUUAGUCAAACUGACUUGAAAGGCUUCUUUGAAAUGUUUUGUGGAGAGUUGCUAGUUAAGAUUCUACUAUUUGCAUUGCAUUUGACUUCAAUACUGUCUCUGAGCUUCUUUGAGCCUCAAAAGAAUUGGAUGCAUAACGUUGAAUAUGAAGUUCCCUAUAAGGGUAAGUCCAUCAAAGACACCAGUAAGGCCUCACUAUCCCCUCGCUGA